GCUGUUUUACGCCCGUGUGAGACGCUUCUCUAUCCCAUCAUGCAGCGGGUGAUGUCCAAGGAAAGAUGGCGGAAGGAGGAGCGGCUGAUCUGGAUACCCAGAGAGGAGAAGUCGCAGCACUGCUGAAAACACAGCUACGAAAGGGAGAUACUUGGUACCUAGUGGACAGCCACUGGUUCAAACAGUGGAAGAAAUAUGUGGGCUUUGACAGCUGGGACAAAUAUCAGAUGGGAGACCAGAAUGUCUACCCUGGACCAGUGGACAACUCGGGGCUCCUUACAAGUGAUGGGGAUGUUCUGGCCAUCAAGGAGCACCUCAUUGAUGAGCUGGACUACAUCUUGAUCCCAACUGAAGGCUGGAAUAAGCUAGUGAGCUGGUAUCCACUGAUGGAGGGACAAGAGCCUAUCUCACGCAAGGUGGUAGAACAGGGUAUGUUUGUGAAGCACUGCAAGGUGGAGGUGUACCUCACAGAACUGAAGCUGUGUGAAGACCGCAACAUGGACAACGUGGUCACCAGACGCUUCAGCAAAGCGGACACGAUAGACACCAUUGAGAAGGAGAUGCGUAAACUGUUCAGUAUCCCAGACGAGAAAGAGACCAGGUUGUGGAACAAGUACAUGAGCAACACUUUUGAGCCUCUGAACAAACCGGACAGCACUAUACAGGACGCAGGACUCUACCAAGGACAGAUAUCCAUGCAGGUCCUGGUAAUAGAGCAGAAGAAUGAGGAUGGAUCGUGGCCUAGAGGUUCCUCUGCACCUAAGUCAUCUGGUACUUCCAAUCUUUCUGCUUUGCCAAAGAUCUCCCCUUCAUCUCUCACAAACAAUCAUAACAGCAGCUUCAACAGCAGGAAUGUGAAAAACUCCAGCUACAGCCUUCCGUCCUACCACCCUUAUAACAGCUAUGAGUGCUCCGAGGGCAGGCAGAGUGAGCGGGCUGGCCUGUGUGGUCUUUCCAACCUGGGAAACACCUGCUUCAUGAACUCUGCACUGCAGUGUUUAAGUAAUGUACCUCCUCUCACCGAGUAUUUCCUGAAAGACAAGUACAACGAUGAGUUGAACGAGGACAACCCUCUGGGAAUGAAAGGGGAGAUCGCCAAGGCCUACGCUGAGAUCACCAAGCAGUCGUGGUCUGGGAAGUACAGCUACGUCACACCACGGCCUUUCAAGACCCAGGUGGGUCGCUUCGCCCCCCAGUUCUCAGGCUACCAGCAGCAGGACUCUCACGAGCUGCUGGCCUUCCUGUUGGAUGGUCUACACGAGGACCUGAACCGCAUCAGGAAGAAACCCUACAUCCUGCUCAAAGAUGCUGAGGGCAGGCCUGACAAGGUGGUGGCCGAGGAGGCGUGGGAAAACCACAUCAAGAGGAACGACUCCAUCAUCGUGGACAUCUUCCACGGCCUCUUCAAGUCCACCCUGGUGUGCCCCGUCUGCGCCAAGGUCUCCGUCACCUUUGACCCCUUCUGCUACCUGACACUGCCGCUGCCCAUGAAAAAGGAGCGCACUCUGGAGGUCUACCUGGUCAGGCUGGACCCCCUGGCCAGACCCACACAGUAUAAACUGACUGUGCCCAAGGUGGGCUACAUAUCAGACCUCUGUACUUCGCUCUCCACUCUAUCUGGUGUCCCUGCUGAGAAGAUGAUUGUAACAGAUAUCUACAACCACCGGUUCCAUCGUAUCUUUGCCACCAAUGAGAACCUCAGCAGCAUCAUGGAGAGGGAUGACAUUUAUGUCUUUGAAGUGGCAGUGAACCGGCAGGAGGACACAGACCAUGUGGUGAUCCCAGUCCACCUUAGAGAAAAGUACAAGCAGUCAGGGUACAACCACACCUCCACUCCUCUGUUUGGCCAGCCCUUCCUCAUCACUGUCCCCAGAACACUCAGCGAGGACAAGCUCUACAACAUGCUGCUGCUACACCUCUGUCGGUUUUUGCGUUCUGUCGUUGAGGAGGAGGACACUGAGGAGACAACCCCUUCUUCAAAACAACAUAUUGUCAAUGGCAAUGCUACCAAUGGGGUCCUGGAGGAGGGCUCUCCCAGCGAGAUGGAGACUGAUGAGCAGGAUGGAGAUGACGAAUCCAGUCAGGACCAGGAGCUGCCCUCUGAGAAUGACAACAGCCAAUCAGAGGACUCUGUGGGUGGUGGGGACAACGAGCUGGAGAACGGGGUUGGUCCAGGGGGAGAGAACUCGGGGACCAAAGGUCACCAGAACCAAACGUCUAUGACGAUGGGGGAGAAGAAGAGAUUGUUUACAUUCCAGUUUAACAACAUGGGCAAGACUGACUUCAGCUUAAUCAAGGAGGAACCGCGGCACAUCCGGUUCGACGAGGGACACCUCAGACUCAGUGACCAGUCCUAUCUCUCUUUGGACUGGGAACCAGAGGUCAAGAAAAAACACUUUGAUGAGGGUAUCACGGAGGACUUUGAGAAGCAUGAGAGCAUGGAGUAUAAGCCUCAGAAGAAAGCCUUCUUCAAACUGAAAGACUGCAUCGAGCUGUUCACCACCAAAGAGAAGCUCGGAGCUGAGGACCCAUGGUACUGUCCAAACUGCAAGGAGCACCAGCAGGCCACUAAGAAGCUAGACCUGUGGUCUCUGCCUCCAGUCCUGGUGGUCCAUCUGAAACGCUUCUCCUACAGCAGAUAUAUGAGGGACAAGCUGGAUUCACUAGUCGACUUCCCACUCAGUGACAUGGAAAUGUCAGAGUUCCUGAUCGACCCUAAUGCUGGUCCCUGUCGCUACGAUCUCAUUGCGGUCUCCAACCACUAUGGAGGCAUGGGAGGAGGACACUAUACUGCUUAUGCGAAGAACAAGGAUGAUGACAAGUGGUACAACUUUGACGACAGCAGUGUCUCUCCAGCCAACGAAGAUCAGAUAGUGUCCAAAGCAGCGUACGUGCUGUUCUACCAGCGCCAGGACACAGUGAAGGGAACAGGCUACUUUAAUCUGGACCGAGAGGAGGAGGAGGAGGAGGAGGAGAGAGAGGAGGAUGGAGAGGAGGUGGAGGAGAACAGAGAAGGGAAGGAGGAGAGGAAGAGCGUCACCUCAUCCCAGGGAGCCUCUGCUUCAGUUCAGAGCGACGAAGAGGAUGUCAACGACAAUGUCACCAUGAAAACCAAAUGAGCUGGAGAAACGGAGACAGAGCGAGAGACAAUAAUAUCCAUCCUAAGCCAUAUCGACAGACACAGAGCAGUGUGCCAGGCCUGAGGCUGAUCUCUGACACCAUCCAGGCCUACAAUGAGUGGGCUACCAGGGGAAACUAACCACUGAGAAGUUUGUUAGUGCUGGAACACCGAAGCAACAUUACUAAAGAAAUCAGGGCCUAUAGUUGUCUGUGGUCCGUCCGACCGGUCUUAUUCGGGUCGCAGUGAUUCUCCUCCAUGUCCAUUCUACAUGAAUCAUUCACUCUGGAGGAAAAAGAUGUCAAGCUCUGUUCUGAUUCUGAACAAGGACAUCAUACUGAAAUCGAAUGGAUCCAUUAGAAGUGUUAGGAAGGCCAGAGUUCAGUUCAUCAUAGUAUCAAACACAGAAUGUCACAGUCAAGUGGUGUCACUGCUUUGGCGCUUCGAACCGAUACUCCCUCUCUCCCACCCACCUGCUUUAAUUUGGUUAUGUUUUUAUAUUUCUGAGAGAGCAAUGCAUUGGCAUACCAUUAUUUUUAAGCUAGGCCUUGUAAAUAUUUUUUUUGAAUGAACACUGAAUUAUUAUUAUUAUUAUUAAGUUUUCAUGAUGCGCUGAAGCCUUUUUGGGGAUUCGUCCUUACACUUUUAUUUUGUUGCACAGUCACCUGCACUCCCAUUUUGCUUUUAUAAUGAAUUGUAUAUUAGUGCCACGUACUGCAAUUGUUUUACAAAUUACUCUGAGCCAAGGUCUUCUCAGUUAAAACGCUUUGAAUGCUGCCUUUAAACACUGUGGUCAACAGAACACGCAUCCACACAUAGUGACUGCUCUGUGUAGAUUAGGAGUGCUGAUCUAGGAUCAUUUUCAACCUUUAUGAUCAUAAUGAAUAAGGUUAUAUGGACAGGGGGGACCUGAUCCUAGAUCAGCCCUCCUACUCUGCUUUGUGUAUGUGAGGAGGAAGAAGAAGAGCAAAAUACAUUUCAUAAUGUAAAACAGCCAAACUAGUCAUGUGGUGAACUUCCAUUUAGACACACAACUAAUGUACACAAUAUGAGCCUUGUGAUUAAGUUCUGUUAUUUUUUUUUCUUCCGCUGGUCACUACAGUAAGUAUCCUCCAAGCCGCAUGAAGCCACGGUCAAGGUCCAGAAACAACCCUUAAACCCCUAGACACUUUUGUAGAUCUGAAAUUAUCAGAUGGGGAUGAGAAAUGGGGCGGAAAAUGCACCUUACCUGUCACAUGACAAGGUGGAACUACUACCAUAUUGCUUACAUCCAAUUCUUUCAGAUCUUCAUAAGUGAUUAGGAGACGUGUUUGCUUAGGAGGUAAGGGCUUUUCUGGAUCGGACCCACCUCUCAGGCUUUAUGUUGCGUUACUAGCUUUACACGGCUUAUUGAGCCUCUCCUCCACUACCUGCUCCUUCUAGAGGCUUUUUGAGAUUAUGAAUAUUGGUGAUACAUUAGAUUUCUGUCUCUUGGUUGGAUCACCUCAGCCUUAACUCUUAAUCUCAGAAUGUAGCCUUUAGCACAUUAUUACGUCACGUUGUCUGUGCAUGGCCCCGAAACACAAACGCACGCGCACCUACACUUAAACAGGACAUACGAUACAUAGGACACCAAUACGAGCUGAAACUCAUUCCUACACUCACAGGAACACUUAUGUACACACCCUCACACCCUAUCUUUGCUGUCCCCAAUAGAAACAUCCAUGAAUAGCGACCGCUGCUACCGGAAAUCAACCAAUUAAAAAUAUUUUAAAAAAUCAAACACGAGAGCCGGAAUGUAUGCUGAAUGACUGACUUGAACUGAUCCACACCAGGUUUUUUUUUUUUUUGUGCCUCUUGUCUUGCUUUGGUUAAAUGUGAGGGGGGAACUAGUAGGGGGUUCAUUACCUUUGAUAGAAAUACCUGGGUACUGCUGUAUGUGUCCUCUCUUCCAAGGGAAAAUAAUGCUUCAUUGUGGUUGGUGUGUGGAGUAGGGUCUUUCUCUCUAGAGAGUGGGAGGGAUGGGUGGAUGGUUGAAUUACUGAUCAGCCUGAGUGGGUGAGAUGUGGUGAUUGCAUAUAGCAUAUAUAGUACUGUACAUAAGAGUUCACUCUGUGAGUGCACAUUUGAUAACAUUUAUUUAUUUAUAUGGAAGCAUUUAAAAAAUAAUAAAACAUAUAUUUAAAGACCUUGGCAAGAUCGAAGAUGUAAUGGGGAUUUGGGUUCAUAGACCACAAAUUCGGGGUUUUGUCAGAAAUGGCGCCCUAUACUGCAUAGAGCUCUCGUCAAAAGUAGUGCCCUAUAUAGGGAAUAGGGUGCCAUUUGGGAGAGACAGAAUUCUUACCUGUGCUUUUCUCUUCUGGGUGAUUGGAUCUUUUUGACAGGAUGUUCUAUUGUUCUGAUUUUUUUUGUAAAGGUGAAUAUAUUCAGGCAUCCUUUGCAUGACAUGGGGGUUUCCAGGUUUGGCUGCGCUUGAGUUCACUUGGGUUUACAUUUGAAAUGUGCAUGUAUAUUUACACACAAACUUCAAUAAAGUUGUGUAAAGCCUA